UAAACAUUCAGUUAGACGUGGAACAUCCAAGAGCCUUCAGAGCCUAAUUUCGUAGAAUGCACGGUCUGAAGUGAGCUACAAACACGCUCAACAUCCCCCUCAUGGAACAGAAACUACGAUUACUCAGAUCGGAAGAGCAAAAUCAAAGCGUAUGGACACGGAAUGAAAAACGAACUUGGUUCCUCACACUCAUCGUGGGAACAUGCAUGCUCUAUUCGACGCGAACUUCGAUGCCGUUGCUGCUGCCAUCCGUCGCUGCGGAACAAAAAUGGUCCAAAACUGAUUCCGGCACCGUUUUGUCCGCCUUUUUCUGGGGCUACACACUCACACAGGUGCUCGGCGGGUAUUUUAGCGACAAAUAUGGCGGCGAGGAAGUCAUUCUGCUGUCAGCGAUCGGAUGGAGUCUCAUCACUUUUUGGAUGCCCAACAUCAUAAGUCUCUCAAAUGCCUUCGGCGUGGACUACGCAAUCGGAUUUAUCGUCAUCAUUCGGAUUCUCAAUGGAGCUCUUCAAGGUCUGCAUUUUCCCGCGAUGAGCAGUUUGACGAGUCGUAAUCUCUCGCCCAGCGAACGCACAAGUUUUUUCAGUAUUUUGACGUCGGGAUCGGCGAUCGGCACUUUGCUGACGGGCAGUUUCGGCUCUCUACUUCUCGAUUACUUUGGAUGGUCCGUGGCUUUUCGAGUAAUUGGCUUUUUCGGGCUAAUUUGGACAUUGGUGUUGCGAUAUCACACAAUGGCGACGGAAAAACAUCGAAUUGUGACACUGGAUCAGCCAAAUAGAUAUUUUGGGGGUGGCGCCUCAUAUACCGGAGAUACCGUUCCAUGGCUCAAAUUCUUCAGGAAAUCGUCGUUUUGGGCUUGUGUCCUCACGCACGCCUGCGAAAUGAACUGCUUUUUCGUUUUGUUGUCUUGGCUCCCGACAUAUUUCCACGAAAAUUAUCCGAAUGCCAAAGGAUGGCUCGUAAAUAUGGUUCCCUGGGCAACAAUUCCAUUUUUUACGUAUUUCGCCAAAUGGUUAACCGACAAAAUGGUUGCGAGAAAAGCAUCUCUCACGAGAAUUCGAAAGAUUAUUGAGAGUUUGUGCUUUUUGACGCAGAAUUGUGCGUUAUUUAUCAUGUGCCACACGAAUAGUUAUCCGAUUGCACUUAUUUGUAUGUCAAUUAUCACAGGAGCAAGUGGCUUUCACAACUCAAGUUGUACGAUAAAUCCUCAGGAUUUGGCGCCAAAUCACAGCGGGUCCGUAUUUGGUCUCAUGAAUACGUUUGGAGCGGUGCCUGGCUUUUUAGGGGUUUAUUUGGCAGGACAUAUCUUGGAAUUGACCUCAAGUUGGGCAGCCGUUUUUCACACCUCGAUUGCAAUUAAUACGAUUGGAUGGCUCAUUUUUGCCUUCUUUGCGUCGGCGGAACCCAUUAGCGUUUAGUUUCGUAUUUAUUUAACGGGCAUUUAGGACGAUACAAUUAUCAAAAAUUUUAAGACUGUUAGCAAGAAUUUUACUUACCUUACGAAUUUAAUCAUCACACAUUCUCUCUCUCCCCUUCCCCCAAAUAAAAAAUCUUCCAAUGCAACCAAACCAAUAGAUUUAAGGAACGACUUGAAAAUUAAGACAGAAAAGCACAGUGGAUGUAAUAAUAAUAAUAAAAUAUUAUUUUGUAAAUAUUUAACUAAAACUGAAUUAAACA